GGCGGUGGCAGGCCCGGAGUUGCGAGCCCAGCCGCUUGCGCCCGGGCGCGCGCUGUGAUGGCGGCUGCUGGGGCCCGGGGAGGCGGCGGAGGCGGCUCGGGGUCCAGCUCUGGCUCUAGCACCUCCCGAGGCUUCUAUUUCAACACAGUGCUUUCCCUGGCCCGCUCCCUGGCUGUGCAGAGACCUGCAUCCUUGGAGAAGGUCCAAAAGCUGCUUUGCAUGUGCCCAGUAGAUUUUCAUGGAAUCUUCCAAUUAGAUGAAAGACGGAGAGAUGCGGUGAUUGCACUGGGCAUUUUUCUCAUCGAAUCUGAUCUUCAGCACAAAGAUUGUAUCGUUCCUUAUCUUCUUCGGCUACUCAGAGGUCUUCCAAAAGUGUAUUGGGUAGAAGAGAGCACAGCUCGGAAAGGCAAAGGUAACCUCCCGGUUGCAGAGAGCUUCAGCUUCUGCCUGGUGACCCUGCUGUCUGAUGUGGCUUUCAGGGACCCCUCACUGAGGGAUGAGAUUUUAGAGGCGCUUUUGCAGGUUUUGAACGUCCUUUUGGGAAUGUGCCAGGCCUUAGAGAUUCAAGAAAAAGAGUACCUCUGCAAGCACGCGGUCCCGUGCCUGAUCGGGAUUUCGAGAUCCUUUGGACGGUACAGCAACUCAGAAGAGUCUCUCCUCUCAAAGCUCUUCCCCAAAGUCCCUCCUCACUCCCUGAGAAUCCCAGAGGAGCUAGAGGGUGUGCGGAGGCGCUCUUUCAAUGACUUCCGCUCCAUCCUGCCCAGCAACCUGCUGACUGUCUGCCAGGAGGGCACCCUGAAGAGGAAAACCAGCAGUGUGUCCAGCAUUUCUCAGGUCAGCCCAGAACGUGGCAUGCCCCCUCCCAGCUCCCCAGGAGGAUCUGCUUUUCACUACUUUGAAGCCUCUUGCCUGCCUGACGGGACCGCCCUGGAGCCCGAGUACUACUUCUCCACUGUCAGCUCUAGUUUCUCUGUCUCUCCCCUGUUCAACGGCAUCACCUAUAAGGAGUUCAGCAUCCCUCUGGAAAUGCUUCGGGAACUCUUAAACUUGGUGAAGAAGAUCGUUGAGGAGCCUGUUCUCAAAUCCUUAGAUGCAGCUGUAGCCAGCGUGAUGGAAGCCGCUCCCAGUGCUGAUUUGUACUACACAACCUUCAGCGAUCCCCUCUACCUUACCAUGUUCAAGAUGCUUCGAGAUACUCUGUACUACAUGAAAGACCUCCCCACCUCCUUUGUGAAAGAGAUCCAUGAUUUUGUGUUGGAGCAGUUUAACAUGAGCCAAGGGGAGCUCCAGAAGAUUCUACACGACGCGGACAGGAUCCACAGUGAGAUGAGCCCACUCAAAUUGCGUUGCCAAGCAAACGCCGCCUGCGUGGACCUCAUGGUGUGGGCUGUGAAGGACGAGCAAGGUGCAGAAAACCUUUGCAUCAAGCUGUCUGAAAAGCUGCAGUCCAAGACAUCCAGCAAGGUCAUCAUUGCCCAUCUGCCCUUGCUCAUCUGCUGCCUGCAGGGUCUGGGCCGCCUCUGUGAAAGGUUCCCAGUGGUGGUGCACUCGGUGACACCAUCUUUGAGAGACUUUCUGGUGAUUCCUUCCCCAGUGCUGGUGAAGCUCUACAAGUACCACAGUCAGUACCACACAGUCGCUGGCAAUGAUAUAAAAAUCAGUGUCACCAAUGAACAUUCCGAGUCAACUCUGAAUGUCUUGCCCGGCAAGAAGAACCAGCCGUCCAUGUAUGAGCAGCUCAGAGACAUCGCCAUUGACAACAUCUGCAGGUGCCUGAAGGCUGGCCUGACCGUGGACCCGGUGAUCGUGGAGGCCUUCCUGGCUAGUCUCUCCAACCGGCUCUACAUCUCCCAGGAGAGUGACAAGGAUGCUCACUUGAUUCCUGACCACACUAUCCGUGCCUUGGGACACAUUGCAGUGGCUCUAAGAGACACCCCGAAGGUCAUGGAGCCGAUUCUUCAGAUCCUGCAGCAGAAAUUCUGCCAGCCUCCCUCACCCCUGGAUGUGCUCAUCAUCGACCAGCUGGGCUGCCUGGUCAUCACUGGAAAUCAAUACAUUUACCAGGAAGUGUGGAAUCUAUUCCAGCAAAUCAGUGUGAAGGCCAGUUCAGUUGUGUAUUCGGCCACCAAAGACUACAAAGACCAUGGCUACAGGCACUGCUCCCUAGCAGUGAUCAAUGCACUGGCCAACAUCGCAGCCAACAUUCAGGAAGAGCACCUUGUGGAUGAGCUGUUGAUGAACCUGCUGGAGCUGUUUGUGCAGCUGGGGCUGGAGGGGAAAAGAGCCAGUGAGAGGGCGAGUGAGAAGGGGCCUGCCCUGAAGGCUUCCAGCAGCGCAGGGAACUUGGGCGUGCUCAUCCCGGUGAUAGCUGUGCUCACCCGCCGGUUACCACCCAUCAAAGAAGCUAAACCUAGGCUACAGAAGCUUUUCCGGGAUUUCUGGCUCUACUCUGUGCUGAUGGGAUUCGCCGUGGAAGGCUCAGGACUCUGGCCAGAAGAAUGGUAUGAGGGAGUCUGUGAAAUCGCUACCAAGUCUCCUCUACUUACCUUUCCCAGCAAAGAGCCUCUUCGAUCAGUCCUCCAGUACAACUCAGCCAUGAAGAACGACACGGUCACCCCUGUACGGCUGAGCUGAGUGAGUGAGCUCCGAAGCACCAUCAUCAACCUGCUGGACCCGCCUCCCGAGGUGUCCGCCCUCAUCAACAAGCUGGACUUCGCCAUGUCCACCUAUCUCCUGUCUGUGUAUCGCCUGGAAUACAUGAGGUGCGGGUGCUUCGCUCUAACAGACCCAGACCGCUUCCAGGUCAUGUUCUGCUUUGAGGAUAAAGCUAUUCAGAAAGACAAAUCCGGGAUGAUGCAGUGUGUCAUUGCUGUUGCUGACAAAGUGUUUGACGCCUUCCUGAACAUGAUGGCAGAAAAAGCUAAGACCAAGGAGAACGAGGAGGAGCUAGAGCGCCACGCCCAGUUCCUGCUGGUGAACUUCAACCACAUCCACAAGAGGAUCAGGAGAGUGGCUGACAAGUACCUGUCUGGCCUGGUGGACAAGUUUCCACACUUGCUCUGGAGCGGGACUGUGCUGAAGACCAUGUUGGACAUCCUGCAGACCCUGUCACUGUCACUAAGCGCUGAUAUUCACAAGGACCAACCUUACUAUGACAUUCCUGAUGCCCCCUAUCGGAUCACGGUUCCUGACACAUAUGAAGCCCGGGAGAGCAUUGUGAAAGACUUUGCUGCACGCUGUGGCAUGAUCCUGCAAGAAGCCAUGAAGUGGGCACCCACGGUCACUAAGUCCCACCUACAGGAAUAUCUGAACAAACAUCAGAACUGGGUGUCAGGACUGUCCCAGCACACAGGACUGGCCAUGGCCACGGAGAGCAUCCUUCACUUUGCCGGCUACAACAAGCAGAACACGACUCUUGGAGCAACUCAGCUGACUGAGCGCCCAGGCUGUGUGAAGAAAGACUACUCCAACUUCAUGGCAUCCUUGAAUUUGCGCAACCGCUAUGCGGGCGAGGUGUAUGGGAUGAUCCGGUUCUCAGGUGCCACAGGCCAGAUGUCUGACCUGAACAAAAUGAUGGUCCAGGAUCUGAUUACAGCUCUGGACCACAAUAACCCUCAGCACUACACCCAGGCCAUGUUCAAACUGACUGCAAUGCUCAUUAGCAGCAAAGACUGUGACCCGCAGCUCCUCCACCACCUGUGUUGGGGGCCCCUCCGGAUGUUCAAUGAGCACGGCAUGGAGACUGCACUGGCCUGCUGGGAGUGGCUGCUGGCUGGCAAGAAUGCAGUGGAAGUGCCGGUAGGACGCUGAAUGGCAGGGGCCUGGCACAUGACGGUGGAGCAGAAGUUCGGCCUCUUCUCUGCUGAAACGAAGGAAGCAGACCCUCUGGCAGCGUCAGAAGCAAGUCAGCCAAGGCCUUGUCCACCUGAAGUAACACCUCACUACAUCUGGAUCGAUUUCCUGGUGCAGCGGUUUGAGAUUGCCAAGUACUGCAGCUCUGACCAGGUGGAGAUCUUCUCCAGCCUGCUGCAGCGCUCCAUGUCCCUGAAUAUUGGAGGAGCUAAGGGGAGCAUGAACAGGCAUGUGGCAGCCAUCGGACCGCGUUUCAAACUGCUGACCCUGGGCCUGUCCCUCCUGCAUGCCGAUGUGGUCCCAAAUGCAACCAUUCGGAACGUGCUUCGAGAGAAGAUCUACUCCACGGCCUUUGACUACUUCAGUUGUCCACCAAAAUUCCCUACGCAAGGAGGAAAGCGGCUGCGUGAAGACAUAAGCAUAGUGAUUAAGUUUUGGACCGCCGUGUUCUCAGACAAAAAGUACCUGACCGCCAGCCAGCUGGCCCCUCCAGAUAACCAAGACACCCGGAGCAACUUGGAUAUAACUGUGGGCUCUCGGCAGCAGGCUACACAGGGCUGGAUCAACACUUACCCCCUCUCCAGUGGCAUGUCAACCAUCUCCAAAAAGUCAGGUAUGUCUAAGAAAACCAACCGUGGUUCCCAGCUGCACAAGUACUACAUGAAGCGCAGGACGCUGCUGCUGUCACUGUUGGCCACUGAAAUCGAGCGUCUCAUCACAUGGUACAACCCGCUGUCGGCCCCAGAACUAGAGCUGGACCAGGCAGGAGAGAACAGCGUUGCCAACUGGCGGUCCAAGUACAUCAGCCUGAGCGAGAAGCAGUGGAAGGACAACGUGAACCUCGCCUGGAGCAUCUCCCCGUACCUCGCGGUGCAGCUGCCAGCCAGGUUCAAGAAUACAGAAGCCAUCGGAAAUGAAGUGACCCGUCUUGUUCGGUUGGAUCCAGGAGCUGUUAGCGAUGUCCCUGAAGCCAUCAAGUUCCUGGUCACCUGGCACACCAUUGAUGCCGAUGCUCCCGAGCUCAGCCAUGUUCUGUGCUGGGCACCCACGGACCCGCCCACAGGCCUCUCCUACUUCUCCAGCAUGUACCCACCACACCCCCUCACUGCACAGUACGGGGUGAAAGUCCUGCGGUCCUUCCCUCCGGACGCCAUUCUGUUCUACAUCCCCCAGAUUGUGCAGGCUCUCAGAUAUGACAAGAUGGGCUACGUGCGUGAGUACAUCCUCUGGGCUGCAGCCAAAUCCCAGCUCCUGGCACAUCAGUUUAUUUGGAACAUGAAAACUAACAUCUACCUCGAUGAAGAAGGGCACCAGAAAGACCCUGACAUUGGUGACCUCCUGGAGCAGUUAGUGGAAGAGAUCACAGGGUCCCUGUCAGGCCCAGCCAAAGAUUUCUAUCAACGGGAAUUUGAUUUCUUUAACAAGAUCACCAACGUGUCAGCCAUCAUCAAGCCCUACCCUAAAGGUGAUGAAAGAAAGAAGGCUUGUCUGUCAGCUCUGUCGGAAGUGCAGGUGCAGCCUGGCUGCUACCUGCCCAGCAACCCUGAAGCAAUUGUACUAGACAUUGACUACAAGUCAGGGACGCCAAUGCAGAGUGCUGCGAAAGCGCCUUACCUGGCCAAGUUUAAGGUGAAGCGGUGUGGAGUGAGCGAACUUGAAAAAGAAGGUCUGCAGUGCCGGUCAGACGCUGAAGAUGAGUGCCGCAAGCAGGAGGCCGACGGCAAGAAGAUCUGCUGGCAAGCCGCCAUCUUCAAAGUAGGGGAUGACUGCCGACAGGACAUGCUGGCCCUGCAGAUCAUUGACCUCUUCAGGAACAUCUUCCAGCUGGUUGGUCUGGACCUCUUUGUGUUUCCCUACCGCGUGGUAGCUACUGCCCCUGGGUGUGGCGUGAUUGAGUGCAUACCAGACUGCACUUCCCGAGACCAGCUGGGCCGCCAAACUGACUUCGGCAUGUACGACUAUUUCACGCGCCAGUAUGGGGAUGAGUCCACCCUGGCAUUCCAGCAGGCACGCUACAACUUCAUACGAAGCAUGGCCGCCUACAGCCUGCUGCUCUUCCUGCUGCAGAUCAAGGACAGACACAACGGCAACAUCAUGCUGGACAAGAAGGGCCACAUCAUCCACAUCGACUUUGGCUUCAUGUUUGAAAGCUCACCGGGUGGCAACCUUGGCUGGGAACCAGACAUCAAGCUGACAGACGAGAUGGUGAUGAUUAUGGGGGGCAAGAUGGAGGCCACACCCUUCAAGUGGUUCAUGGAGAUGUGUGUCCGAGGGUACCUGGCUGUGCGGCCCUAUAUGGAUGCAGUCGUCUCCUUGGUUACACUCAUGUUGGACACAGGCCUGCCAUGUUUCCGGGGCCAGACAAUCAAGCUUUUGAAACACAGGUUCAGCCCUAACAUGACAGAAAGAGAGGCUGCUAAUUUUAUCAUGAAGGUCAUUCAGAGCUGUUUCCUCAGCAACAGGAGCCGGACCUACGACAUGAUCCAGUACUACCAAAACGACAUCCCUUACUAAGGGCAGUGGCGGGCACGCAGGGCUUCGAUGCACACUGCACACAUUCCCUACUUGUCUUACUGCGUUGGUACAUAGAGUAUUUUCUUGUGUAAACAUGAAAAGUUGACAUGGAAAAAAUAAAAAUCCCAAAAUGUGCUGCUUUUGUUUUGUUAGCUACCCAGAUACUUUGCCCUGUAGUUAAAGCUCCCCUUGAAUUCCUAGCCCUCCUGAGUCAGGCCUGACUUAAGUAGUCCUGUUUUUGGUUUGGGUACUAGGGGUCAAACCCAGGCCUAUGCAUG